ACAAAAACAAAGUUUUCAUCUUCUAACUAAUCAAAAACUCUAGUUUUAAAUCUUAGUUUCUAAUAGAAUGAUGUUUACAUCCUUCAAAAAUAUAAAUUUUGAAAAGGAAAGCAAACAUGAAGAGAGUGAGAAAGUAAUGUCUUUCCAGAUAUCCGCCACGUUGAAGAUAGAAGCAGAAGUGCACGGUGGUGUGCGACUGAAUAAUAACGUGAACAAAAUCAGAGGCAGAAAACGAUGGGGUUACGUUACCGGAACAAAGACUGCACCAACAAUAGAUAAAUCCGAUGAAUAUGAAGCAUGGGAAGAUGAAAACUGUUUGGUCAAGUCUUGGCUUUUGGACUCUAUGACCAAAGAAAUCAGAUCCCUUUUCAUUCGAUUAGCUAUAGCGAAGGAAAUUUGGGAAACUGCGAAAGCAACGUACUCAGUUGACCAAGAUGCAUCAAGAGCUUAUCAAUUGCAUCGCGAGGUAAUCUCUACUCAACAAAAUGGUGGAUCUGUUAUUACAUACUUUGGAAAAUUGCAGAGGCUAUGGCAAGAGUAUGAUGAUAUUAAUAGUUGUACCAUGGAAUGCCCUAAAGAUGUUAAGAAAUACAACGACAUGAUUAAUUCUCAACGAGUUUAUGUUUUUUUGGCUGGUUUGGAUUCACAUUUGGAUGGAGUUCGUGGUCGUAUUCUGGCUACCACUCUGCUUCCUAAUGUCCAAUCAAUUUAUGCAACUGUGUGUGCAGAGGCAAAUCGCCAAGACGCUAUGCUAAGUGGCGAGUCUUCGAAUGGGUCCGCCUUUGCUGUCAAGAAGUAUCCAAAGAAAGAAAUCCGCAAGUGUAAUCAUUGUAAUGGAGAUAAUCAUGUCAUGGAGACAUGUUUUAAACUCCAUGGCUAUCCGGAGUGGCAUCCAAAGGGAAAAAUUACUUCAAAUAACAAGAUAGAAACUAGCAAGGCUCAUCUUUCUACUGCUGCUGGCUUUGUAACCAAGUCAGGAUAUACAUACCAAGGAGAAGAUUGGCAGUGGUAGAUAUAGUGAAGGGUUGUAUUAUCUUGAAAAAAAUUCACAAAUGCAUAAAGGAGCAUUGGUUCAUCUUGCAAGUGAUCACAUACAAGAUAAAAAUAAAAAGGAAAUUUGGUUAUGGCAUAGACGAUUGGGGCAUCCCUCUUUUAGUUAUCUACAAAAAUUAUUUCCAUCGUUAUUUCAUAAAUGCAAUAUUUCAGAUUUUCUUUGUGAAACUUGUGUAAUGGCAAAAAGUCAUCGUGCUAGUUUUCCCUUAAGCAAUAACAAAACAGAUUUUCCUUUUUCUUUAGUACACACUGAUGUUUGGGGUCCUGCUCCACAAUCUACACAUAAUGGAAAAAAAUGGUUUAUUAGUUUUGUUGA